UUACUCUUGUGGAUCGAUAUGAUGGAUGAAGAAGCAGCACCAAAGAGAAUGGAAGAAGGACUCGGAAAUUCAACAAUGGAUAAGAAGCAGGAAGAGGUAGUUAAGAACGAUAUUAAUGAUUCUACAACUGAGCAUGGCAAAGAGAGAAUAAUAAUGGAAGUCAUUGGUGUUAAGCAGAAAACAAAGCGGGUUGCAACACUUGAUGCAUUUAGGGGUCUCACCAUAGUGUUGAUGAUACUGGUAGACGAUGCUGGUGGAGCUUAUCCUCGGAUUGAUCACUCUCCAUGGGAUGGAUGUACUUUGGCGGAUUUCGUUAUGCCUUUUUUUCUUUUCAUUGUUGGGGUUGCCAUUGCCCUUGCACUCAAAAGAAUCCCCAAGAUAAGGUAUGCAGUAAAGAAGAUACUCCUUAGGACGUUGAAGCUUCUUUUCUGGGGCAUACUUUUGCAAGGUGGAUACUCUCAUGCGCCCGACGACCUUGUAUAUGGAGUAAACAUGAAAUUUAUCAGAUGGUGUGGCAUUCUCCAGAGAAUAGCUCUUGUAUACUGUAUUGUAGCUUUAAUAGAAACCUUCACCACGAAGCUUAGACCCACUACCUUCACUCUUGGACAUCUAUCCAUUUUUACUGCCUACAAAUGGCAAUGGUUUGGUGGCUUGGUGGCAUUCCUUAUAUACAUGAUUACAACCUACACACUCUACGUUUCAGAUUGGAGUUUCGUGGAUCAUAUUGAUGAUGACAAACCACUCAAGAAAUAUAAAGUGAUAUGUGGAAUGAGAGGACACCUAGGUCCUGCAUGUAACGCUGUUGGCUAUAUUGAUAGACAUGUUUGGGGGGUCAACCAUCUCUACUCUCAACCUGUUUGGAGACGCUUGAAGCCAUGCACACUGAGUUCUCCAGACACAGGUCCAUUUCGCGAAGAUGCUCCAAGUUGGUGUCACGCUCCAUUUGAGCCCGAGGGUUUAUUGAGUUCCAUAUCUGCUGUCAUGUCUGGCACCAUUGGUAUCCAUUAUGGACACGUCUUGAUCAACUUCAAGGGUCAUCGGGAGAGGCUUAAGCAAUGGGUCUCAAUGGGCUUUGUUUUACUCAUUAUAGCUAUCAUCCUUCACUUCACUAAUGCUAUUCCAAUUAACAAGCAACUGUACAGCUUCAGCUAUGUUUGUUUCACAGCUGGUGCUGCUGGAAUUGUUUUCUCUGGGCUCUACAUAGUGAUCGACGUUUGGGGAAUUCGUACUCCAUUCUUGUUCUUGGAGUGGAUAGGAAUGAAUGCAAUGCUUGUGUUUGUGAUGGCAGCUCAGGGAAUAUUUGCGGCAUUUGUAAAUGGCUGGUAUUACGAGGACCCACAUAACUCGCUUGUGCACUGGAUUAAGAAGCAUGUAUUUGUGAAUGUUUGGCACUCAGAGAAGGUGGGUACUAUCUUAUAUGUCUUCUUUGCUGAAAUCACCUUUUGGGCUGUUGUUGCUGGCAUCUUGCACAAAUUCAAAAUAUAUUGGAAACUCUGAACUUUCUAGGUUUUCUACACCUAUAUAUCACCCAUAUUACUAUUACAUAGAUAUUGUUAAAAUAGU